AUGUCCCGAUCCUUCUAUGUCGACUCUUUAAUCAUCAAAGACUCCUCGAGGCCAGCUCCUUCCCUGCCUGAGCACCCCCAUGGACAGGAUUUCCUCAUCCCCCUCAGCAUGCCUUCCCCCCUGGUCAUGUCGGUGUCGGGCCCCGGCUGCCCGUCCCGCAAGAGCGGCACCUUCUGCGUGUGCCCGCUGUGUGUCACUUCGCACUUGCACUCGUCCCGGGGGGGUGGCAGCGGGGCCAUCCCCCUGCUCAAGAGCCAGUUCCCUCCCGGCGGAGAUGCCCAGUACUGCCCCAGGAUGAGCCAUGCCCAGCACCAGCAGCAGCAGAGCUCGGUACCAGCCGCCGCCGCCGCCGCCCUGGGCCACCCGGCGCAUCACGCACCUGUCUGCACCGCCACCACCUACAGCGUUAGCGACCCCAGGAGAUUCCAUUGCCUCAGCAUGGGAGGAUCCGAUACUAGCCACAUCCCAAACGGCAAGAGGAUGCGGACCGCUUUCACCAGCACGCAGCUUUUGGAGCUAGAGAGGGAGUUUUCUUCCAACAUGUACCUGUCCCGCCUGAGGAGAAUCGAGAUCGCUACCUACCUGAACCUGUCCGAGAAGCAAGUGAAAAUCUGGUUCCAGAAUCGAAGGGUGAAACACAAGAAAGAAGGCAAGGGAACUCAGAGAAACACUCACGGGGGCUGCAAGUGCACUGGCAACCCGGGGCAUUACCCCAGGUCAGAAGACGAAGAGUCUUUAUCCCCAUCAUCUGCGAACGAGGACAAAGAGAUCUCCCCUUUAUAA